UUCCAAGAACUAUUGACUCCGCUCGUGUAUAAGUCCCCCAACCUCCAACAAGUUCCGUCUUUCAUAAACAAAUAUUCUAAAUUCUCACGUCAAAACCUUCGCCUGCAAGCACUCAUCUCCUUCACCUUCCCGUUCGCUCCAAUCACAUUCUCGAUUACAAUCGCCUAUACACGCAUCGCAUAUACGUCAAUGGGAGGGGUGCCGUCAACGCCGCUGGCGGGCGGCGGAGCGCCGCCGCAGGACACGGCUGAAAACUUAAUUGGGGCCUUCGUCGGGGAAAAAUCGUUUCCCCUCGCCGACGAUUACUGGGAGAAGCUUCUCGACGCCCAGUUCGAUCUGCGCUGGCCUCCUGAUCACGUUCGCCAGGCUUGCCAGCUAUUCGCAAUGAACAACUGCAACACAAGACACCUUGCAAAGAUUUUGAUUCACCUAGCAUGGUGCUUGCAAGAUUGUUCAGCUUCUGAUGUUCCAUCUCCAGCUUAUCCAAAAGCUCUUAAUGCUCUAUUUAUGUUAUCCGUUUUUCUGAAGAAUCUGAUUGAAAAUGCUAAGAGUGACAACUUUGAAGAACUAUACCUCUCGCUGGACGAAACUGAACCAACACCAAUUAAUUUGUCAAAAGGUAAAGGAGUUGAGAACUUUGUUAUGUACAGUGCACUCAACUUCAUUGCCAGAGUUGAUAUUAGUCCUGGAACAUACCUUCUUCAUCAUGACUUGCUUGACUUCAUGCUGAUUGCUAUGUCUACUCAACUUUUAUCUGGGCCGUCAUCUGGACUGGAUGACAAACAUCCUUUCAUUGAUGGAGCAAUGGUGCAGGAACUUUAUUUUGUUAAUUCGGUAGUGCAUAAGUUGUUCCUCAAUUACCUCAUACACCCUGGAGUUCUACCAAACAGUUUAUCAUAUACCAUAUUUCCUGAAGGAAACCAAGUUGAUGUUCUGAGGAGAGUCGCAAACUUGGUAUUGGUGCCCUUUCACUACAUUGCGAGCUCAACUAGUGCAGCUUCCAGAAGUCGAUUGGCUGAAAGCAGUCUUAAUAUUCUGCUUAUUCUUAGUCAUUACCAUAAGUGCAUGCGAGUUGAUGGGAAGAAUAAUAGUGAUUAUAGCAUCUCAGAGUCUCUCUCUAAGGAAGAUACAUAUUUCUCAGAAAACCCAUACCGCAAAGCGGUCGAAAAUGUUAGGGAUAUUGAAUUUAAUCAAGUUGAUAUCAAGGGGAAUGCACAAAGUGAUCCACUCGUGAGGCUACCUUUUGCUUCUCUGUUUGAUACUCUUGGCAUGUGCAUGGCUGAUGAAACUGCUGUCUUGUUGCUUUAUUCACUGGUCCACGGCAAUCCAUAUUUUUUGGAGUAUGUUUUGGUGAGAACGGACCUGGACACACUGUUGAUGCCCAUGUUAGAAACACUAUAUAAUACUCCAAGAAAGAUGCCCAAUCACAUUUAUAUGGUGCUGAUUAUCCUUCUUAUACUAAGCCAGGAUUCAUCUUUCAAUUCCAGCAUCCACAAACUGAUGCUUCCUAGUGUUCCAUGGUAUCAAGAACGUCUCCUUCAUCAGACCUCUCUCGGUUCCCUCUUGAUCAUAAUUUUAAUUAGGACUGUGAAAUAUAACCUCUCUAAGCUACGGGAUAUGUAUCUUCACACAAAUUGUCUUGCAAUAUUGGCCAAUAUGGCUCCACAUGUUCAUCGUUUGAGUGCUUAUGCUUCACAGCAGUUGGUUUGCCUUUUUGAUAUGCUUUCUCGCAAGUACAACAAAUUAGCAGAUGUAAAAAAUGAGAAGAUGACUAUGGCAGAUGGUGGUCCAAGAGGAGAAAACCUUCCAGAUGAUCCGUUAGCAGAACUCCAUAUCUAUACUGACUUCCUGAGACUUGUGCUGGAAAUACUUAAUUCAAUUCUAACAUAUGCUUUACCGAGGAAUCCUGAGGUUGUUUAUGCAAUUUUACACAGGCAGGAGGUUCUUCUACCUUUCAAGAAUCAUCCACGAUUUAAUGAGCUGUUGGAGAACAUAUAUACCGUCUUGGAUUUCUUCAAUAGCCGUAUUGAAACUCAGGAAAGGGAUGAUGAUUGGUCGGUGAAGAAAGUGCUUCAAAUCAUAAUCAACAACUGCCGCUCUUGGAGAGGUGAAGGCAUGAAGAUGUUUACUCAACUACGCUUUACCUAUGAACAAGAGAGUCAUCCCGAGGAGUUCUUCAUCCCAUACGUGUGGCAGGUGGUAUUGUCUCACAGUGAUUUGGCUUUUGAUCCCAGCAGCAUAAAUUUAUUUCCGGUGCAGGUAGAAGCUGUAAAUAGUGAAUCGAUGAUAAAUAAACUUGAAAAUGGCGAGCAGAAAGAACAACCACUUGAAGCAUAGACUGGAUGGUGGACUGUAUAAUCCACCUGAAGACAUCAGGUUCACUUAACAUACAUACACAUAAAUACACACACACACAAAUUUAUCUCAUUAUGUAAAUGUUUCAGGGUGUAGGUUUUUAUAUAUGAAAAGGCCUUUUACCAAUGUAACAAAUAAAAGAAGAAUCUCUAACCUGCGUUACGAUUUAGAAAAAGUGAAAAUAUGUGCAUGCUGAGUAGGGGUCCUGAUGUGAACUGAAUCAAGCAUUUGAACCUGGAUGGAGUAAUAAAUUGAUUUUGUUAUGAAAUUGAAAACCAUCUAUGGAUGUGAGUGUAAAUGUGAGUUUUGAUGUGGUAGUUCUUUUGUAAAUUUUGUGAAGUUGCUCUCAUGGUUCUCCUCCCUGCAUAUGAAAUAUUACGGACAGUUCUGUAUAUUCAGUGUUGCGAAUGAGUGGAUGUAUAGGGCUCAAUUGGAUAUGAAUCCAACCAAUUUUGCCCGGUUUUGUUUGGUUGAAG